AUGAAGCCCUCCACAACCUCUUCACGCCAAGACACAGCACUAAAACCGCCACUACCACCAGCGGUUCCCUGUCCCUGGUUGUGGCGCUGCCACUCCUGCUACACAAUCUACCGCCUGGCCGUGACCCGGCGGUGCCUAGACUGCGACCACACCUUCUGCCUAGGCGAGGCGAUCGCGCCCGCCACAACCAGCAGGAAGCGCAAGCGCAACCGCGGCGGGCCGUGCAAGGCCGAGUUCGACUACACAGGGUGGAAGACCCGCGGCGCGUGGCGGCGGACUGUGCUGCUGAACGGGGCUGCCAGCGCCAGUCAUGACGACGCCAGGGAGGACUGGGGUGACGAGCACGCGGCGGCCGCCGAGGACGACGGGGAGGAGUUGGAAGGGUUCGAGGCCAAGCGCGACGCAUUGUUCCUGCGCAGGCGCCACGACUGCUGGGUGCACUGCGACUUCCCCAGCGAGUGCCACCACGCGCUCUUCCGCGCGCAGCAGGAGGGCCGUCCGAUCCUCCGCGAGGCCGAGGCGCUGGACGCCGCGUUGCGGCAGGCGGAGGAGGAGGAGAAUAGGGGGCGGACCAAGAAGCUCACCAUCCUGGAGUACAAGCAGCGCCGGCUUGCGCGGCGCCAGAAGUCUACUGCGCGUCAUGAUAAGGACUUGUCGACUGUGGAGGAGGAGACGGAAGGUAGCGAGACGAACAACGAAGAUGUCUCGCCCUGCUCGCCGACGCUGCCUGAGCCGCCGCGGGAGCUCAUACGCGAGGUGUCGCCCAUCGACGCCGAGCCUGUGUCCCCGAGCAGGGCAUCUCUGGCCGUGACGGACACACCGGCCGACUUUGCGAUCACGGCGGCGCCGCUCGACUUUGACGACUACAGCGACGACGAGGGCGACGACGAGUCGGAGCAGCGACGCACCAAGUCGCGCCGCAAGAUCGCGCGGCUCACAGGCGAGGGGCUACAGUCAUUUGCGCCCUUCGUGCUGGACACAUCUGUAUCAUCGUCAUCAUCACGGCCGACCGCUCACAUCGCGGAGAACGCAGGCCAGCUCACAGCCCACGAGCUUCAGGACGCGUACAGCGAGCGGGCCUGGUUCAGCUCCUCAUCAAACCCUGAACCUCUUUCGCCCAAGAGCCCUGAGCGAAUAGGCAAGCGGGACACGAUGUUCGCGCUGCUGGGACGACGAAGCGGCGGCGGAGGGCCACCCAGCCCGACGCGUUCGUCUAUUGACACCUCCACCACGCCUACAAGACAGCUCGCCCGGGAGCAUCGGCCACGGGACCUGCAGCAGGCAGAGCAGCACCGCGCCGACGUAGGAGCAGCAGCGGGGGGCGAGGACUGGGAAUCGUGGUCCGACUCGUCGUCAUCAUCCGCGUCAUCCAACUCAUCAGCAGUCUCACUCUGCUCAUCAUCGAGCAACGAAGGCGAGGGGGAGCAGCCACAUGCCGCAGCAGCGCCAGCACCGCCGUUCAUUGACGGCCCUGACGUGGAUGGGGACGUCACCAUGCGCGAGGCCGGUGCCCUGCCACUGUCUGAGCUGGCCAAGGACGUCGAUGAGGAUAUGAAUUCACCCGCGACGCCACUGGUCGAGCAAGGUGACGAGGAGGAGAGCCUUAGGGCCUUGCUUAGGAUGCGCAACGCGUUCAUGAGGGGAGAGAUGAUGUGA